CGCUAAUCGUUUACUUUCAGUUUAUCAUAUUCGAAAAGACAACAUGCCAGACCCAGCUAAACCCGCGCCCAAGAAGGGUUCUAAGAAAGCCGUGACAAAGACUGCCGGCAAAGGAGGAAAGAAACGCAGAAAGUCCAGGAAGGAGAGCUAUGCCAUCUACGUGUACAAGGUCCUGAAGCAGGUCCACCCCGACACUGGUAUCUCUUCCAAGGCGAUGGGUAUCAUGAACUCCUUCGUGAACGACAUCUUCGAGCGCAUUGCUGGAGAGUCAUCCCGCUUGGCCCACUACAACAAGCGUUCUACCAUCUCUUCAAGGGAGAUCCAGACGGCAGUGCGUCUGCUUCUGCCCGGUGAGCUGGCCAAGCACGCCGUGUCCGAGGGAACAAAGGCUGUCACAAAAUACACCAGUUCUAAGUAAAGUGUUAACGUAACACUUCACAACACAAAGGCUCUUUUAAGAGCCACCCACAUUCUUUGGGAAGUAAUUCCAAUUAUUAUACCUAGCUGUAAAAACUUUCAUUACUACUAUUAUCAGUUUAUCAAAGACGUUGGGAAUAUACUCAAUCUGCUCAUUACUGUUACUUGAUUUGCUGUGAACAUGCGUACUUGCGCAUUUGGGUUGCUUAGUGCUCCGGUGAUUUUGUUUUGGGUUUUUCAAGAUGGGUAGGCCUAAGGCAUAAUCUGUUCAGCAUACACUUAAUUAAGCGGUUCUGAUUUAUGAUGUUUGUUCAUGCUAUUAAUGAUUGAUUAAAUUGCUGUUCUUUAAUGUAGUUCUACCAACAUUUUAAAACGGUUUACUGUCUCACACACUGACAUGGAAACUAACCGAC